AUGCUGCUGAAGGCCAAAGGGGACUUAGCCGCGAAGAGGGCAUUCGAAGCUGCCCGAGAGCGAGUGCCAGAGCCGAGUAUGGGUGUCGACCAUAUCGACACGUACCCCAUGGACACCGGUGUGGCCGAGGAUGUGUUGCAAGCUGCACGGAUCGAAGUUCACCAGCGUGAACUGCAGCAGUCGGUGCAGGAAGAGUCUCAGCCAAAGCCAAAGCUUUCGGCUGAUCUUCGUGGCACAACCUUGAUUUUGGGGCAGGUGCGACCUGAACCGGAGCAGGGGGAGGCCGAAGACGACAACAGGACUGUUUACUUCGAUGCCGAAGAUUUGGCUUUCCCAGAUGACAGUCGGGUCGCUUAUGAGGAGCCAAAGCCCAUUGAGCCUUCGGUGGCGACAGAGGAGCCAUCACAUGAGAAGCCCAGUGAGACUUCGAUGGCUAUAGAGGAGCCGUCAGAUGAGAAGCCCACUGAGCCUUUGGUGGCUGCAGAGGAGCCGACAGAUGAUGAGCCAUCAGAUGAGGAGGCUAGCGAGGCUUCGGUGGCUAUGGAGGAGCCGUCAGAUGAGAAGCCCAGUGAGAAUUUGGUGGCGACAGAGGAUGCGCUUUUGGUGGCUGCAGAGGAGCCGACAAAUGAGGAGCCAUCAGAUGAGGCUAGCGAGGCUUCGGUGGCUAUGGAGGAGCCGUCAGAUGAGAAGCCCAGUGAGAAUUUGGUGGCGACAGAGGAGCCAUCAGAUGAGAAGCCCAUUGAGCCGUCGGAUGAGACACCCGACGAGCUUUCGGUGGCUACUGAGGAGCCAGCAGAUGAGAAGCGCACUGAGCCUCCUUCUGAAUCCAGAGGCUCAGUUCAGCCACCCCUUCCGAUGCCCGCUUGUGCCCGACAUUUGGCUGUUGUCAGCCCAGCCGAACAGAGUGCAGGCCAAGCAGCCAAGAAAGAAUCUGGCAAAGGCCGCGGUAGGGGCCGUGGCAGAUCCAAGAAAGGAUCUGGCAAGGGCUGUGGUAGGGGUCGUGGCAGCUCCAAGAAACCUGGCAAGGGCCGUGGCAGAUCCAACAAAGGAUCUGGCAAGGGCCGCGGCAAGGGCCGUGGCAGAGGCUGUGGUGUAAAGGCCAGCAAGCCGUUGCCGAAUGAGGAGGCCUUGGCGGGUGUGCCCACCCGCAGUCGUGGAAGAGGCCGUGGCCGUGGCCGUGGCAGUGAGGGGCCGGAUGCCAUGGCGUCUGAGGCCAAUGGCCACGAGGAGGGUGAUGACAAGCUGUGCAACCGCAAGAAGGGUGCUGUGCCAAAGACCAAGACGAAGGCUGAGAAGCCUAAGAAGGGUUCCGAGGUUGAGGAGACGCGGAAGGGAUCAGCAAAGGCCAAGUCGCGGAAGGCCAAGCCGAGCGAUGAUGAGGAUACAGCUGCUCGCGGGGAGUGUGAAGAGGCAGAGCCCAAGCGCAAGAAGGGGAAGAGGGAUCAGGAGGUUGUGGCGCCGGUUCCCAAGGAGUCCGUGCCCAAUCGCAAGAAGGGGAACAGGGCUCAGCCGGCCGAGGAGGCAGCCCCUGAGGCUGCCCCUAAGCGCAAGAGGGGCGCUGCUCAACCCGAGGAGGAGCUGACAGAAGAGCAGAAGCAGAAGAAGCAGCUGAAGAGCCGCAAGAGGUGUGCUUACCACUGGGCCCGCCUUAACGCCAUCAACCUAGGGUUUUCAGAGGAGGAAGCCAAGAAGCAGGGCUUACAAGGACACCGUGUGAAUGAGAAGAUGACGUGCCUCGUCCUCUUCGUGCUGGAGCACUCGUCAGCCCGAGGGUUUCGUGUGGCCACGAUUGACAUCAACCGGUCGCCUCACAUGAACAUGCUCUCUGAUGCUGGCUUCUUGUGCUGUGCCUAG